GCAGUGGACGUCUUGACGCAGGUUUGGAGACUAGUCCAGCUCGCCUGCAUUCCUCCUCUCUCAAAAAGCCUGCCCGAUAGAGACAGAGAAAGGAAAAAGGGGGGGAGAAAACACCAAUUAUAAUUUUCAACCGCGUUGGAUUUUCAUGAAGCACGGAGCCGACUCACAGCGGACACACCGACCAGACAAAACCACGAAUAAAUACCCACGUCGAGGCUGCAACUAUGGACCUACAAUAACCACAAAAAAGGCGUGUUUUUCCUUUUAUGAAAACGGGACUUUGGCGUUGAUGUGCCUCUGUAGGUCAGCUACCGAAAAGCAGCUUAGGUGAAACAGCCUUUCCACGGCGGAUAUCUUCCUUUUUUUUUUAAAUGAGGAUUUGCAAGAUGGCUGAUGACAGCUACCCCUAACAAGGACAGAAAAGUGACGUCCCCUUUAAGAUUAGCAGGGUAUAUUUUUGUAUUUAUAUUCGUUUGACGCGUAAAUAUGGCUGCUUUUUAAAGAUAAUGACUGUGGCUUAUAUUAGCAGCGACCGUCCUUGUCGGAAAAUAUGUGCCAGUCUAGUGUUUAUCUGUACCUGAGCUGGGGUAGAAAAUGGUGAGGUGACGUCUGAGGUAAUUUACAAAAUUUAAUCGAGAUAAGGAAGUAGAGGGAAAAAAUGUGUUGUUGGCUAAAGGCCGAGGCAACGAUAGGUGAAUAAGUUGGAGAGCAAAGUCAAAACAGGCCGGAUCUGGAUAUAAAUAAAUAAAAACCAUUGGGUCAGGAGAUAUUUGAUAGAUGUGUCGGGGUAGAGAAACCAAAAGGCUCUGCAACAGCAGCCAACAUUCCUGCGGAUCCUAAAACCCUUUGUUUUGUGCGCAGGAGCUGGACUCGACUAUUAAAACGAUUAACUAUGCAGUAAACAGGCUCGAAAUGAUGGCCCGGGUAUGAUUUGCUGUUUAAUGAGAUUAUACGGCCUUUGUUGUCGACAGAAAACUGGUAGAAAAGCCGGGGCCUUGUGUACAGAUAUGCGAGCUGUGCCACAUAGCAAGCGUUAUUCAUAAAAUACAAAUGUUGCGUUUAUGUCAAAUUGAAAGCCUUGAGGUACUUGUGUUAUUAAUCUGACCUGUAAAAAAAAGAAAAAAAAAAGCAUUUCUUGUCUACUGCCAAACUGUCGCUGGUUGUAUGGAUGAUUAAAUUGCAGGUGGAGGCUCCUCGGAUACUUAUUUAUGAUUCAGCGGACAAAAGCAUUGCGCCGCGUUGUGAUUAUUGAGGGAAUCAAGCGCCCUUGAGGUCCUGAUAAAAACAAAACAAGAUUCAGGUUUUAAAAGCCCUCCGUGUGUGAAUAGUAAUCAGGGUGUGGGCUGUCCUUUUUCUCGUGGUUUUCAUGCUUCAGUUGCUGGUGUGAAUUGGCCCACAGUCAAUCAUAAUCCGACGUUGAAGUGAAGGAAGCUCUCAAGACUCAUUUUUGGGAGUGUCAGGUUUCCUGUGAGGACAGAGGGGCCUAGAGGUCUGGUACAAGUGGAAAGCAGUUAGUGUAUGCCUGCCCACACCAUGAUGGCCUCUGACAUGGCUGAGACGUGGAGGAACUGUUUUGAGGAGGAGCUCAUCUGCCCCAUCUGCCUGCACGUGUUCUCAGAUCCCAUCCAGCUGCCCUGCAAGCACAACUUCUGCCGGGGCUGCAUCAGCGAGGCCUGGGCCAAAGACUCGACAUUGGCCCGCUGCCCUGAGUGCAAUCAUGCUUACACGCAGAAGCCUAGCCUGGAGAAGAACCACAAACUGUCCAACAUAGUUGAGAAGUACAACGCCCUGAGUGUGGAGAAGGCGACCACGCCGGCGCUGCAGUGCAUCCUAUGCCGCCGGGGCCCGCCACUCCCUGCUGUGAAAGUCUGCCUGCGCUGCAACGCCCCGUGCUGCCAUUCCCACGUCCAGACGCACCUGCAGCAGCCGUGCUCGGCCCUCGGGCACCUGUUGGUAGAGGCCGAGGCGGUGAAGGCCUGGACCUGCCUGCAGCACGACGAGUACAGGCUGUACCACUGCGAGGCCGAGCAGACAGCCGUGUGUCAGUACUGCUGCUUCGCCCGCUGCCACCCCAGCCACGGCCACGCAGUCACCGACGUGGAGCUGCGACGCAACGACAUCAGACAAAGCCUGUUAAGACAGCAGGAGCGCGUGGAGGAACGAGUGCAAGAGAUCGAAGAACAGCUCUGCAAACUGGACUCUGACAAGUGUGUGGUGGAGGACAGAGUGUGUGAGCUGAAAGAGGAGGUGCGUCUGCAGUACCAGCGGAUGCACCAGCUCCUGGAGGAGGAUCUCGGUCGGACAUUGGAGGCUCUGGACCGCGCUCAGGCUCGGUUCUGCCAGGAGAACGCUGCCCAGGUCUUGGCUCUGGGGGAGCAGCGCCACGAGGCCCAGAAGCUGCUGAGCUCCAUCCACACGGCCUUCAGUAAGGCAGAGGAGCUGAGUUUCAUGAAAAACACCAAGCCAGUUAAAAUUCUCACAGACAGGUCUCAGGCAUGUGUGGGCAGCAGUCUCCCUCCUUACAAAGUGGGGAAUCUAAACUCUAAACUAUUCCUCUCUGAAAUCUCAAAAAGAGAGAAGAGCUUGAAGAGAACGCUGGAAGCUCCCCUCACCCCUCCCUCGACCUUCCUGCAGUCUGUUCCUGCGUAUCCCAGCGGUCAGAGCUCCGGCUCUGGAGCAGAGAAACGGAAACAUUCCACUGCCUUCCCAGAGGGAAACGGGAACGUCGGAAAAAACGCUGCUCCAGGUUUCAAGGACUCCUCCUCCUCCUCCUCCUCAUCUUCUUCCUCAUCAUUAGCCAAACAGCCCUACCUGGGCUCUGGCUCUGCCUCUGGAGAAGGCCAGUCUACCAAUCAGCAGCCUCUCGGCCCCUGCGGCCCGCCUCACAUCAGCGAGAGCGGCGGGACAGGAAGUGGGAGCGGCUCUCUGACCAAUCACCAUUCAGGCUCUGUGUUCGGCUCCUCACACUUUCCUCCUGGAGGCAGCAGUUCCUCACACUCCUCCCAGCAGGCCGUGCUGCCACAAUAUGGCGGCCGUAAGAUCCUGGUGUGUACGAUGGAUAACUGCUACUGCUCCGGAGUGCCCUCAGUGUCGGGCCACCGCAGCCAUCCUCCGUACCCACGCUCUGGCUCUUUCCCCUGGGUCAGCACCCAAGACUACCCCCCUCCUCCCGGCCUGGCCUCUGGAGGUCCGUCCAUGCAGGGCUUGGCAGUGAGGGACUGGAUAGACGCCUCGCAGACACACAGACAUGCAGAUUUUUACGGGCUGUAUGGGCAACCAUCUACAAAGCACUAUGUCACCAGUUAACAGAGUAGAGACACACACACACACACACACACACACACACACACUUGGAUAUAGAGACAGGCACCGAAAUAGCACACCUUUACCGACUUAUUAACUGGAGAAAAAAAACACACCGCAGUUAUACUAUACACACAUUAAAAUAUUAAAAUUCAUACACACUCACAGACAGAUCUAGAAGAUGUAUACACAUUCGGGGGCAGGGUUGAUCUCUUUGUGUUUUUAUUUUCUUUACUUUCAGUCAGUGUUUCAUGUAGUGUAUUAUACGUAAAAUGCAUAAACAGCCAACCGCUCACUCUGGCACAACUUAGCUCAGCAUUUUACACAUAAACAAGAACUAACAAGUUGAGGAGCAGAGUAAGACGUGCAUCUUUUUAUUUAUAGAGCAGGAGAUGGAUUGAUAGAAAAUGAACUUUUAUUAGAAAACCUUCUCAUGCCUCUUCAUGGCUUCUCACUGGCGCUAAAGGGAAAAGAGAUAAUACUGUGCAGUGUUGACCUUUCCAGUUUAGCGCCUCGUGUGUCUGAUAUAAUCACCCCUUCCAGUUGUGCUGAGGUCAGUUGCCUUAUGGUAUUAGCAUCAUAUUUUUCUCCGCCCAGCUCACGCUGUUUGAUAGAUCCUUUUAAAGAGGGACUGCGGCCCCUUUGUGUCUCUCUUGAUUUUUAUCAUCAUGGCACCUCUUUCUUUCUUUGCUGAGUUCAGGGAUGGAUCGUACGGCUUGAACACAAAAUGCUCUUCCAUGGAACACCCGCAAUGUACUUGUGGAUGCCUUGUUAUGCCUGGACUACAGAUGCUGACAUGCAGAGGGACACUAGAGCUGCAUCCGAAGAGGGCCAGUUGACCGAGGCCCUCAGGGUUUUGCAAAUGUGUCCUUUAUUCCUAGCACUCCCUUCCUGCUACCAGGCUUCCCACAGGACAGAACAUCCUCUGACAAAGACUGUUUCCAUUUAGUAAUUACUAUGACUUUGUGUUAUUUGGUACAUCUGUUGGUUUCAUGCCUGUCUAUAGAGACUCUUUGAUUUUAGAGAAAAAGGCAAGACUGGACGGACCAAACCAAUCAAGCAUCUGGAGGAUCUGAUGAUGCUGUAAUUGUACUUCCUGCAGGGCAAAGAUGUCACUUCCUCUCAAUAAGCACAUGAGCUCUUGGCUUCCUGUUUGCAGCUGAAAGCCUGCAAGGAAGAGUUUUUUUAAGCACUCAAAAGAAGAACAAUGGGAAGAAAACAUGUAUGCAGAAAAGAAGGGUGGUAGGACUUUUUUUCAUGAACUUUUUCUAAAAGAACAAGACUGGACUGUGAGAUGUAAGCAAUUGUCAUCAUCCUAAAAAGGAGCUGUUACAAGACUCAGCAUAAAGAGGAAAAAAACAACAUGAAAGUAUCUCUUUUUUUUUUUCUUUUUUUUUUUUUUUUCUUUUUGUAAAUAUUUUGUGAAAUGGAAAAAUUACGUGAUUUGGAGGAGGGUUCCAAAUAAACGAACCAAUUUAAACCAGUCUCUGCUGUCAACUCUGUAUGUGCAAAUCUGUUUUCUCAUGUUCGUUUAAAGUAUAAGGCUGGCAAUAUUCUAUAUAUUUUUGUUAUUUUCAAUAAAUCCCAUUUAAAAAAACCAAAA